AUGCCAUCUGCUGUGGUGCCAUCGUGGAGAAAUGAAUCUUUUUAUACUCCAAACCAAACAUUGGCUGCUAACGUUUGUCGUCCCUCCGCGGGUAGUCGUUCACUUGAUCCCAGAACUGUACAAGAGAAGCUGGAUGCUGUAGCCACCUAUCCCCAGCCAAGCUUCCACAAAUCCAUGUACUAUCACCAAAAUGUCGUGGAGCCUGUAGAACGAUAUCGGUCAGCCAUAACACUAUCGCCAAGCGAGCCACUUUGUCUUCACACCGCUAGGCAGAUUGACUUUUGCCGGUCGUGUCAGAAGUUGACUAAUUCGAGAGCUUCUUCAUAUCAUCGCUCUUCCUCCAGGCAUUCAAUGGAGAAAGAAUCUGGCGAAGACUCGUUUGCUGAGCGAGGCAGGAAGCAAAACAAACUCCAUAAUUCUCUUCCAAUCGGUUACCGCUCCGUGAAUGACCUGAAGCGCUACUCUCGACGUAGAGUACUUUCCUCGUCGAGCUCGUCCUCUUCAAGUAAUCUUUGUGACAACUCAUAUGCUCCCUUGUCAAGCGAUGAAUUUUGGCCGAUUGCUGUUAAGAAGCCUAAAGACCGCGCGUGUCGUAGACGGCGAACGCGGUCCUUGAACCCUCGGUGGCCGCCAGGUGCCACAGAUUCCUCGACAGACGACGACGAAGAUGCAAGGGCUGUUGGGGCCCUGGCAAUGCGACUUCAGCCCAUGCUUGCUGAGGGGAGGAUAUCUGAGGUGCAAACUAUUCUCUUGAGGGCUCUUACACGGCCCGAAAUGCGACAGCGAGCUCUCAGCCUACUGGAUUACCUGAGUGGUGAUGGAUCGCUACUAGCACUUCCGACUACUUCACAAUUCCGUCUAACUUCAGGAAUGGAGCCGUUUUACGAGGAGGCCUUUUGGCAGCUGUCCUCAACAAAAAGCGAUACCUCUCUCAACGAAGUCCUCACGUGUACUAGCGAAGUGAGUAGUGAUCUCUCUCAGACCUUUGCUUCUCGCCUCAAACUGGCUCACGCAGUGGAAAACAACGAAAGUGGUGAAGACGAUGACGAGGAAAAAUCAAGCGGUAUCUUCGGAAACCCCGCAGUGUCGAACGCGUCAUUGCUUCACGAUGCAAAGGCAACGACUGCCCCUAACGCCAGUGUUGUCCAGGUGAUGUUACCGCCAGGAGGUUUGGUAGAACCACCUCCCCCCAGAUUGGCGAUGCCCCCACCCAAACCAUUGCCACCACCUACACCUAAGUCAGCCGUUGUGCCGAGCCCUGAGACACUUGCUCGUGUCGACGCGCAUGCUCUUGAGAUGCUGGCUGUAAAUCCCCUUUUGAUAACCGACUUGGUUUCUCAGUUAACGGUGGAUUGUAGCUCGGACGUUGAGAUUGUCCGACUACGGCCUCCCACAUUCAACCAUUCUAUCAAGAUGCCAUAUCACACAUCGACGUUAUUCACCUGUCAAGACGUGUCAGGGGGUUGGUUUUUUUCAUCGUGCUUAUUUCGUCCCUCCACCCACAGGCGACUGUUUCGGUGGGUGACUGCAAAGAACUUCGACUUGGUUGAGUACGACCCGUCAGCGCCGAGCGACUCCUUCGUCGGUAUGCUCCGUAAUGUGCAGAUAGGGGCUCUGUCGAGAAAUGAACUAUUCAAUGAACUCUGUCGCUUCGCUGGAAUAUACUGUCAGUACAUUUCUGGCUACUCGAAAGGCGCGGGCUACCGACCAGGAAUGCCGCUGAAACAGGGCUCCCUCUUCCGCAAUACCUGGUUAGCGGUGUAUGCCGGAGGGGGUUGGCGAUUUGUGAAUUGCAACUGGGCAGCUCGGUAUACAACCUCAACUUGGAAUUCACCUUCCAAUGAUUGUACAGAAUCGGAUUACAAGUGCGACGAGUUCUACUUUUUCACUGAUCCAGAGCAACACAUUUUCGAGCACUGGCCGGACAACAAGGUGUGGCAGCUGCUUCACGCCAAACCCAUCUCCCAAGCACGCUUUAUUUCCCUGCCUGUGCUGAAAUCUGCCUUCUUCAACGCCGGCCUCUCUCUAAAGAAGCCUUACUCACAACGCCUUGUCACCAAAAAUGGACAAGUCAGUAUCAAGCUCCGAAUGCCUUAUUUCGUUGGGAUCUCCUGCAGCCUGGAGAACUUUGCAGACGGCAGCUCCUUGAAGGGAUUUUGUCUUGUCGAGGUUCUCAUCAAACCUCAAGACGUGGUCCGCAUCUACUGUGCGCCUUCACAACCCGGUCGUUACUACCUCAAUGUCUACGUCUCCUCGGAUUGGCGUCGCGAUGACACCCGGGAGCUGGCCUGUUCUUUCCAAGUGCAAUGCUGUGACUUCAACUACCCCCGUUUAGUAGUUAUGGGACGUCUGCCUCAAGUUGGAUUCCUGGGCCGAACCCCCGCAGCACAACACUUUGGCGUUGCCAUGGUAGGGAGCAGUGGAAGUGGCAACCGGCCUUACAUUCUUCACACCUCCUCAGACCCUCUUAAAAUACCCUUCGUUAUCCCUCCGGGUUUGAGGGUGUGUCACCAAUUGAAGUCGUUUGACCGUCCUGGUCGUCAAAUGUCCGAUUGUGACAACUACGCCCUACUUCAAAUGCGCUUUGCAUCGUCGUCUGAUGGCGCAUACACCGGCGUCUCCACUUCAACUUCGACCAACGUGAAUCUUGGAGCAUCUGCUGCAAACGCCCACUACCACUUGCGUCUACCGGUGAACGCAUUCUUCUACCUUACCGUGUGGGUUGGUUCGCGUCUUUUGGAGCCUACACGCCUUGCCCUCGAAGUAAAAAAGCGUCAUUUAUUCCGUCUUGAUGUCCCCACCAAGUACACCUCCGUCGCUGUGGUAAUCAAUGCCUCCGAGUGGCACUUCCUCAAGUCCUCUUCUUCCUCAACGGGCUGUUCUCGUUGGUCAGGCAAAGUGCUGCCUCUGUCUGCAGGCGAGUUGUCGGUCUACGCCUCAACCAUAGAUGCCUCGUCGAAUGCCUCAGAGAGGGUGCCCUACGUGAAACUCCUCGAAUACUAUCGAUUUGAGUAUAUUUCUGGAGACAUGGAAUUUCAAAUAAAUGAAGAUUUCGCCAAGCACUACAACGAAUAUCGUCAAAAAGAAGAGUUCCAGAAAUUAAAGACUCGCUAUGGCGACGUCAAGUUAUUGGACAAAAAGCGGAAAGCAGACGAUCAGUCAGGGGACGACGACAGCGCCUCAUCGUCCUCGUCGUCCUCGGAAGAAUCAGAUUCCGAAUGGGAGGACCAAGAACACGAGGACUUUCUACGGCUCUACGAUGCGCUGUGUCGCGACGACCCAGCUCUGAAGGACGAAGAGAAGGUUUGGUUUCGACCCAAGCCGGACACGUCAGAAAAACCCCAGAAAGAGAGAAAUCGGACGGUCCUGUUAAAGGACCAUGCCCGGGAUUCCUUGCUUUCCCGUGGAGCCUUCAAUGACGAGGAUCCGACAAUGGAGGUCAAAUCCACUUCAAAUUUUGACGUUUUGAAAAAACUGCAGGGCACGGAUGCGCAAACGCUGAAGCAGUCGUUUCUGGCAGAAACAGAACGCCUAUUUAGUGACGGCAACGAUAAAGAUGAAAUGUUCUCAAGGAAAGAAUCCGACGAACAAAAAGAAGGUCCCAAGAGGCCGAGCAUUGACACCUCGCACUUUACCUUCCACGUGUCAGGCGGUGAUGAGGAAUUUCUGAAGGACUACCUGGUGAACAGACGGUGGAAAGGAAGAGAAAAAAAGGAUGUGAAGAGAACGGUGAAAAGCAGUGUUGGUGUUGCUGAUGAUGACGCCUUAUUGGUGCGAAAGCCGCAGAUGUGUAUUGGGGCCGAUGAGCCGCUGUUGACGGCACCAGAAGAAUUGGAUGCUGACGAUGAGUUUCUAGUGAAGGCCCGGCGUUUCGAAGAUGCGUGGAAUAACAACGACGAAGACCUGACAAAAGAAUAUCCCAGAACAUCCGCUACUCGCUAUAGAUUUGAAGAAGGCGACAAAGAUUUCAUCAAAACCUACCCACGCCGCAUUGAAAGCAGCCUCCGUCAGCCCUCCACAGCCGGGAUGACCCGCGCUGAGAAGAGAAAAGCUCGUGCCGAGCGCAAGGCAGCAGAAAAGGCAGCCAAGAUGAAGGACAUUGCGCGUUUCAAGCAACUCAAGAUGGCCGAGUUUGCGGAAAAACUUGAGCGCAUCCGCAGGACAUGCGGCAACGGAACAACCAUGAGUUCGGCCACUGUGACCAGCAUUGCUGAAAACGGCUAUGAGCCAAUGAACGAAGUCACAGAGGAGGUCAUUGAGUGCCUCGAUAACGACUGGGACCCCGAAGCGCACGAUCGUCUUGUUGCCAAAUUAUUCGACGACGGGUACUAUGGUGCUGAAACCCCCGAUGAUGGACUCGAUGAGCCGCCCAACAUCGACUCAGAUGAUGAUGAUAAGUUUGCGAAGAACCUGGAUAGUGGGGACUACGAUGACUACCUUCCUAGACAGGCAAGCGGCAGCUGUGUUAAUUCCAUUACUCAUUCACCUUGGUUCCCCAUUUUAUUGCAGUUUUUUACCCACAAUGCUUAUGGCAUGAAAUUCGGGAUUCUUUCAGAAACACGGACAUUUUGUGUUGCAGUUCUGGCGACUGCUGAGACCUUCUGCAUGCAGUUGUUAGGCUCCAGACCUAAAGUGAUAGCUUCACACGAAGAGAACUCUGCAGGCAAGUGUGCGGAGAAGCAAGGGGAUCAGACACUGCCGAUAAUUAGAGCGGCCAAAGAACUAGAAAAAACCCUAGGUCUGAAGAAGAAGAGCAAAGGCGCUCAUCGCCAGUCGCUUCUUAGAAGUGCUUUGGACAGGCAGAAGCCCGUAUUUAGCGCCUCUCAGUACACCGACUUCGAGGCAAGUGCUUUGCGCUGUUUCUACAAGUAUUUUGACGAAUUCUACACACUGGAUUGUGAGGAUAUCAUCAAUGGAUCGGGUCCUGGUGAUGAUGUCCACUGUCGUUUCAAGUAUCGUGAGGUCAAACCAAACGACUUCGGUCUGAGUAUUGAAGAAAUCCUCAAUGCAGACGAAAAGGAGUUAAAUCGAUGGGUCUCCGUGAAGACCAUGAGCGCCUAUCGCACCGAAGAAGAGGAAGAGAGGGAUUUGAGGGUAUUCCACUCGUCCAAGAUGCUACGCAAAAAGACCUCACUUAUUCCUUCGCUUCUGACCAAAAAACAGGAUCCGUCGUCAGAGUCAGCAGGUGAGGCUGCUGUUGCGAAGGUGGCCGUGGCAGCGGAUGAUGAAAAGAAGCUCUCCAAGAAAGCUCUGAAGCGUCUCCGAAAGAAGCAGCGGAAGGCUGAAUUGUCCUCAUUGUUGUCUGCCGCGCAAAACAACAUUGUGGAGGCCCCUGUAGAAAGCACUGAAGAGGCAGUCGUCGCAAAUGAACCCAAGAAUCCUUCACCGGAUGAUGAAAAUGCUAAUGCGCAUCGAGGCUCCACGAAGCGAGCGCACGAGCAAGAGGAACCUCGGAAGACCAAGAAACAAAAGAAGGCUCACGGCGUCACCACGUCCGAGGAGAUCAAGCCCGCUAAACACAAGCAUUUUCCGAAAAAACCGAAGCUGUCAGAUGAGCGUUUACUGGCAGCUGGAAUUGAUCCCAAACAGUUUAAGUAUUUGAAUUUGGCUUACUACCGUGUCUAUGGUUUGAAUAUCGUUGCAACAGCACGCCAAUGUGGUGAAUUCGUGGACACUUAA